AUGACAGAAUCCAUUUAAUUUCGAGGUCCUUUGGAGAUGGAAGGCCCAGGUAAUUCAUUUUAUAUAUUUAGAUGAUUUAGAUGAUGACGAUAACUACAUGAGACCAGGUUUAGAAACAACAGGCUUACAAAAUCGUAAAUAAAAAGAUUAACCCACUAAAAAAUCUCUAUACUUUGCAGUCAUCUGCUUUUUUGCAGGUUUAUUUUAUUUCUAUUCUACAUAUGAACCACCUAUUAAUGAUGAUCAUUUUGAAUUCAUUACUAAAUCUACAUUUGAAUGCAGUAGAUAAUAAUAUUGGACAAAAAAAGGCUGUGAACUUAAUCCUAUUGGUUGUUCUUUAAGUGUAGAAAAGUCAGGUUUAUGUGUUGUAUGCAAUCAAGGAUACUUCCUAUCCCUUACAGGAGGAUGUAUUAAAGAUUGUUAAGAAUCAAAUGAUUAAUUCUGCACAUCUAAGAACGAUGUUAUACUCUCAAAUAUGUAUAAACCAACAAAUAGUUCUUAUACUAAAUUUGAAAUACCUUACAUAUUGAUUCAACAUCCUAAUCCAACUCAAUUACUUUAUAUUUCUGAUGUCGAACUUUUUAAAUUAGAACCUUAUAAUAUAAAACAAAAUUCUAUAAUCAUCAAAUUUGAAGACUAUUUUCUAUUGAAUAAUUAAGAAUUUCAUUAUGCUUUUAGAGAUUUCUAAAUCUUUAUAGAAACAAAAUUACUUAAUGUUUCCUCCAUUAAAAAAACAUAUGUUGCUUUUGAGGAUAAAUCACAAGGACUUCUUUUCUAUUUGAAAUCUCAAAAUAAAAAUGAUAGCACCUUCUUAAUUAAUCCAAAAGUUUUAGAUGAAGCAUAAUUUUAUGUUGAAACCUACGAAAUCUAAUCAUUUGAUGAAUUAUUAACUAAUAGAACUUUUAAUGUCACUGUACUUCAUACAGACAAUCUUACAGAUCAAAUAAAAUGUAAAAAGACAUUGAGAUUAAUGCCUGAAUUAGAUAAUUUAGAUCAGAAGUAUUGUCAUAAUUUAAUUAAAUAGGGACGACACAAAUUAAAGUCAAUCAGAAGAACUUGAUUGUUUUAAAAUAGAAGAAUCAUAAAUCAUAGAAAAAAUUGUACAUCCUAAUUGAUUUUAUUAUAAUGUUAUU